AUGUCAAGAAGAGGCUUACGAGAUGAAGAAAUCGAACGAUUAUUGUGUGAAAUUCCAUCAGACGAGGAUUCCACUGUUGACACCACAGAUGACGAAUCUGAUUAUGAAGCAAGCAUUGUUGCGGAGGCUAUUGUGUCGUCUGAAGGCGAAGUUUCAGAGAGCGAGGAAGAAAGUGAGUCCACUCCGCCAAAACGCGCUGCUGACACAGCGCCAACUUGGGGACAACAAUUCAAUGCUACCUCAGGAAUGCAGUUCGACAGUGAAUCAGGACCAAGUGCUUUUAUUAGGGACAUUGAUGAUCCAGAACCUAUCGAUAUAUUCGAAAAAAUAUUUCCAAAAGAGCUAGUUGAGCUAAUCGUUUUCCAAACAAAUUUAUAUGCGACGCAAUCUGGCAAGUCUUUCACUCCAACAACUGACAAUGAAAUACGAACUUUCCUGGGAAUCAACAUUUUGAUGGGUAUAAAGCGUAUGCCAGCAUACAGAGACUACUGGUCUAGUGCCCCAGAACUUCAUGAUCGUUAUAUUGCAUCUCUGAUGGCAGUAAAUCGGUUUGGAUGGUUACUGAGGAACAUUCAUCUGAAUGAUAACACAUUGCAUCCAGAAAAAGGACACCCAGGUUAUGACAAACUGUACAAGCUGCGACCAGUGAUCAAGAUACUAUCUGAAUCUUUUUCCAAGUGUUACCAACCCAGCAAACACCUAGCAAUUGAUGAGUCAAUGAUCAAAUUCAAAGGCCGCAACAGUAUGAAACAAUACAUGAGAGAUAAACCCAUAAAGCGUGGUUACAAAGUGUGGAUGCUGUGUGACAAGACCUCUUACAACUUGAAAUUUGAUAUUUACACCGGAAAAGUAGGUGACACAGUGCAAACAGGCCUUGGGGAGCAUGUAGUGCUGAGUUUGUCCUCUGAACUCGUAAAUAAAGGCCAUUAUCUUUAUUUCGACAACUAUUUCAAUAGCUAUAACUUGUUGGCUGGUUUACAGCAGAGAAACAUAUAUGCCUGUGGGACAGUUCAACCAACAAGGAAACAUUUACCCAAAUUAAAAACAGACAAAGAAUUAAGCAGAGGUGAAUUUGACUGGAGGGUCAGCAACUGUGGCAUCCUCUACUUGAAGUGGAAAGAUAAGAGAGCUGUUCAUCUCCUUUCAAAUUUUCACAGUCCUGAAGUUACUACAGUGACUCGCCGUGAAAGAGAUGGUUCACGCAUAGAGCUACCUUGUCCUCAAGCAGUGAUGGAUUACAAUGCACACAUGAACAAUGUCGACAAGUUCGACCAACUGAAAAAAUCAUAUGAAAUAAGCCGGAGAAGUAAAAAGUGUUGCAGCCUGUUCUUGGCACGUGGAUUUUCAAGCAAGGAAAAUCUUAACGAGCACCUCUACAGUUUCAGUCAGUGUAUACAACAGCAAGAUAAUGUCUUUAUUGCAUUGCUUAAUCAACUUCAUGACGCUACGUUCACAUCUGAUGACAAAGAUAUCCUGUAUGGCAAAGUUAUCUCUAAAGCUGAUCUAAGAGCAGAGAGUGUGAAGCAGUUGAUUGGCAUCUAUCCAACAAAUGCACACUAUGUUGCCUGGAACCAGGAGGGACUUGCAGAACUGACUGCAAAAGUUUAUAAAGCUUACACUAUUGAUAAGUACUGA